CAACAGAACCCAAGUUCCAAGUCUUCAACAUGACCGCCUCUAUUUUAUCUUCUAAUCUGCAUCGUUUUCAACAAGAUACCCCUCUUCAUCAAUUCAUUCAAACAAACACUGUUGGUGAUGUUUUGAAUAAAGUAAAGCCCACUUAUCGUGGAUUGUUGGAUUUACCUCUGACUUCUACUAUGGAAGAAGCAUUUGAUUUACUUUUGGCUGGAGAUAUCUUGUCUGUUCCCAUCUAUAACUUAAAUGGACAAGGUGAAAAGCAGUAUGUGGCUAUCGUAAGUGCUUUGGAUCUGUUAAAAUUGUUAAGCACAAAGGUUUCUCUGGAUACCUUACAAACCAAUAGCGAUGCAUUGUUGAUGCCUUUGCAUAAUGCAAUCAGUAUCACAGAACCAUUAAGAAUACUCAAGUCAUCUGACAAUCUUUCUGAACUUCUUUCUCUCUUUAGUUCUGCAAAGACUCAUCGUGUCUUGAUUCAACAUGAAGGUAUUCAUGUCUUGCUCUCUCAAAUGGAUUUAAUCCAUUUCUUUCAAGCCUCUAACCAUCAACUUGGCUCUACUAUUUUGGAUUUGCCUAUCUCUGAAAUCAAGUCCAAUGGCGUCAAGUUACAUAUCAAUUACAAGUGCACUGCUGCUGAAGCCUUUUUGAAAUUAGCUGCUGAUGAUCACAUAAGUGCCUUGCCUGUCAUAGAUGAUAAUGGUGAUUUAAUCACAGACAUUAGUGCUCAAGAUGUCAGAGGCUUGAACAGAAACCGUUGGGAAUCUUUGAUGAAACCUGUUGUUAUGUACUUGAAAUCAAGCCAUGGUGAUUUGAUUCCUCCUUUUACUUGUCAUGACCGCUUUACUUUGUCUCAAGUCAUGUCCGCUUUUGUUAUUCGUAAAGCUCAUAGACUUUGGUGGAUGGAUUAUCAAACUGGAGAAUUGAAAGGUGUUAUUACUUUAACUGACAUUUUAUCGACGUUUGCAUCUCAUUAAUAAAACUAUUACAAUAAAAGAUAUUUCCUUUUA